GCUCCCUGCAGCAGCAGCUUCCUCAGUGAGAGUUUGCCGAGUUAGCUAACAUGUUCCAGCGUGUAAUAUUUCACCAGCGAAAGGUUUCCAUUUUAGGUUAUUGCUGUUAAUAAUACGAGCAGAUAUCAGAUGAUGUUAUAAAAUCUUUUUUGGGGCUUUACAGGACCGCUUCACAUUACUGUCCUGAAGCUAAUCUUAGCUAGUUUUAGCUAGCUAGCGCAGUAAAGUAAAGUUUGCUUCCUUUGCUGAGGGAUAGGACGCAACAUUACGGUAGAUUUAUAUUUUUAUGUUAAAAAGUCACCGUGCUUUGUGCUGAAAUGGUGCUUUCUUUGGUGAGGCUUUGUGCUAAGGAGGUGGUGAGUGACCACAGCUCGUCACCCUGCUGGCUGAGGUGGGUUCCCCGGGAGCUGUACAGACCGCUGCUGGAGGCCUCCUUCACCAGCUGUAGACCGCUGGCUGUGAACGAGCUGGUGCAGAGGUGGCCUGAACGCACCCUGCGUGUCGGCGGAAGGAGGAAACAGGGGCAAACUUCGCCAAAUCGACUCUGCAUCCAGGCUUUGCUACUUGCAGUAGUCAGAGGGCUGUCGGACCAAAGGUGUGCGCUGCAACUUCUUGACCUCUGUGGGCUGCAAGGAGAUGAAGGAGGGACGGGAGACCCCAUGGGAGGCUGGUCUCUGACUGUAGCUCUGUGCACCAUGGUGGUUCAGGCCAGAGCUGGAGCACAGAGGGCACAGAGGGAGAGGAAGAGGUUCUCAGCUCUGGAGAGAGAGAAGGAUGUGAAAAGAGAGAGGGGACAGCGGAAGAAGGGAAAGGAAACAAAUGUUGAGGGGAAUGACAGAGAGAGCAUGGGGUCAUGUGGGACCCUGAGCGAAGAGGAGCUGGCUAAGGGUGUCAGGAGGAGGAUGGAGGCAGAGAGGAAAACAGGGACUGUAGUGACAGGUGUGGGAGGCAGUAGAAAGGAGACAGAUGAAAAAGAAGUAAAUAGUGAUGUGGUGGUGCAUGUGAGAGCUGAUCUUUUUGUAAACGCUCGAUCCUGGGAGCGUGUACGUGGGGCUCUGAACACUCAGGGGCCCCUCAAGCUUCAGUGCAGAUAUCUACGUGUGGAAGAGAUUUCAGUUUCUAGUAUCAAGACUCUGCUAGGCCUCCUGCCUCCGCAGGGUCUUCUGGGCAUUGAUGUCCGCUACAGCAGCCUUGGGGUGGCUGGUUUGGCUGAGCUGCUCCCUCUGCUCUCCACCUUCCCUGCACUGAACUCUCUUCGCCUGCACUACUGUAACUUGGAUUUUCGCAGAGACCACGCUGGCCAGGAAGAGACCCUGAGGGAGUUAUGUCAGGGGCUGACACAGCUGCGAGAACUGAGGCGCCUCAGCCUCACUGCGCUGCGCCUGCCUGGACAACUGCGUGUGUUGCUUAGCUCUCUGCCUCAGCCUCUAGAGAUACUGGAGCUGCCCUAUUUGAGCCUGAGCCCUGCCGACCUCGCCUAUCUGUCCUGCAGUCAUCAUGCUUCCACACUGCAGCAGCUGGAUCUAAGUGAGAACCGUCUGGAUGAGAACACCCUGACCUCCAUUCGCCGCCUCCUCUCCCAGGCUUCUACUAGCCUGCAGCACCUCUCCUUAAGUGGCUGUGGCCUGACUGAUAGCCUGCUGAGACUCUUGCUGCCCUCGCUGGGAGGCUGCAGGGCCCUCAAGAGCUUGGCCUUGGCCCUGAACCCACUCUCCAUUGCUGGCCUCAUGGACCUGGUUAGGAUGGCUGUGAGAAUGCCCUCUCUCCGUCAGUUACUGUACCCCAACCCCCUUGAGGACUACCAGCCGGGCCUCCCUGACCUGCCCUCAAGUGCUCAGCUUUUAGACUGGCCGCUGGAUGAAGCCACAGACAUCAACAUUACCAGCAGCCAGCUCAACAGGGUGCUGAUAGACAGCGGGCGCUCUGACCUCUUUCUGACAUGCGACCUGCUCAAUUAUGAUAAAGACUUGGUGGACUAGGGCAGAAGUGAAGUGAAGGAUACAGGUGCUUUUUAGUUCCUUACCAGCAUACGCCCACACAAUGUACAUACACCUGACAAUCAAAAUGUCACCCUAAUAACGGUCUAGUAUUACAUGAUCUUUUUUAUCUUUUUUUUUGACACCAUCUGUCUCAUGUGACGGUCUUAUAAGCCAGAAUUAACAGUGAUGGUGGGGUUAGGGGGAAGUCAGUGGGCCUUUCCCAUCUCUUGAUUUUGUGCCUCCUUGUCUCCUCUGACUUGUGACCUGAAAAAUUAUCUCAGCACUCCAUUUUGAAGUACGUGCCAGGUCCUAAAAUGCAUCUAGAAGAGCGAGGAGGCUUGCCGAAGGACGGCACGACUUUUUGGCGCCUGCAGUAUGUAUAAGGGACAUGAAGCACAGCUGAUGAUGCAGCCGUGCCACAUGUCAUAUUUAAUUGGUGUGGCUUUAAAAUAACGGCUUUGAAUCACUGCCUCAUUUUGUUACAUGCCUUUUUCCUUUGACUCCUCUCUCCUUUUGUCUCUUCCUUGCCUCCUCUGCUUGCAACUCAGAUGUAAGACUAAGAUGCAAGGAGAGGAGGCGAGGAAAUAAUAGAGCAUGCAUGAAUUGAGAAAUGGGGAAGGCCUGUUGUAUAGCCAAAGCAAUAGGUUAUUGUUGUUGUGAGGUAAGGUUUGCUCCUCUGGGGAUGUUGGGAAUGCAGUAUUUAUUAUUUGUUGGCCAGACAAAAGGACACAGAGGUGACCACAUACAAAAACCUUUACUCCUUAUUAUUAAGCCAUGCUUCAGUAAAACGGAAGUAUACUACUUUAAAUCGUUAACUUGUUGACUGAUUGAAAUUAAAUUCUUGCAUAUGCUGGUUUUGUACCAAACAUGACUUAAUGCUUUAUAAUCAGGUUAACAGGAAAGCUGGGAUACAAAGAUCCCUCUGGUUGGAGAUUAGAGGCAGUCUGCCCUCGUGCCUUUACAACCAUCACCAGUAUUUUCUUUAUACAAGCCAUUCACUCAGAAUCAGUGUUUGGACAGCUACUACAUACUACGCUUCGACAACCAAAACUACAACUUUGACAGUGGUUUCUUUUUAUAAUGUAACAGGAAAUGAAUGUAACAACAAAAUACUUAAAUGCAUACCAGUUAUUUGAUUGUUUUCCAUACAGUAAUGUACUUUGUCUUUGUGCUGAUCUAAUUUACAUAUUUGUCAUAUUGUAUUUCUUGAGCGUUUGUUUUGAAUUGUCCAGGACAUUUCUUGUAUUCACACAGCUUGUUUAUCAAAAAGUAUCACCGUCAUCAGGAAACGCGUGUACCAAAUCAACCUUGUACCACAUGAAUGCGUUUACAUACUGUAAGUCACUGAAUAAAUCAGUCAUAACACAAA